GAGGAGUAUGCGAGAGAGCCUUGGGUCUCGCUAAGUUGUUGAGGGGCUCACUAAGUUCCCCGAGGCCGGUCUCGAGCUUGGCGAUCCUCCUGUCUCAGCCUCCCGAAUCGCUGGGAUUACAGGCGUGCACCACCACGCCCUCUGGAAGUGCCAUUCUUGAGUCCUUAUUUGUAUCGUGACGUGUCCACAAGCCCCUGGCGAAUUGUGGAUGACUGUGGUGGGGCCUUUACGAUGGGUACCAUAGGUGGUGGUAUCUUUCAAGCAAUCAAAGGUUUUCGAAAUUCUCCAGUGGGAGUAAACCACAGACUACGAGGGAGUUUGACAGCUAUUAGAACCAGGGCUCCACAAUUGGGAGGUAGUUUUGCGGUUUGGGGAGGCCUGUUCUCUAUGAUUGACUGUAGUAUGGUUCAAGUCAGAGGAAAAGAAGAUCCCUGGAACUCCAUCACUAGUGGUGCCUUAACAGGAGCUAUACUGGCAGCAAGAAAUGGUCCAGUGGCCAUGGUUGGGUCAGCUGCAAUGGGUGGCAUUCUCCUAGCUUUAAUUGAAGGAGCUGGUAUCUUGUUGACAAGAUUUGCCUCUACACAGUUUCCCAAUGGUCCUCAGUUUGCUGAAGACCCCUCCCAGUUGCCUUCCACCCAGUUACCAUCCUCACCUUUUGGAGACUAUCGACAAUAUCAGUAGAACUUUUUUCCCAGGAUUUCUUUAACAGAAUGAGCUGUAGUUCAAGAAAGAUUUCAGAAGAUCAAGUUGCAGUCUGUUUUUAAAACCAUCGGUGGAACAACUGUGGCCAAAUAGGCUAUGAAGAGACAUUUAGCACUUUUUUCUAUUUAAAGGAACAUAGAGGGGGGGAAUAAAAGAUGCCACAUUUAUGUAUUCACACUCGGAUUGCAUUUGUGAUCAAAAUAAAUAUCUAAUGUCCUUAAAAGAAAAUAUAAUAAGUGCUUAGAAGAUGAAGGACCAAAGGGCAAAUAACAGUGGAACAUGACCAUCAUUUCCUUAGGGACUUCUCUGCCUGGUUUUAUGUGUUCUAUUAUUCAAACAAUAAAAAGCUCCUGGAACUUACUCUUUCUUUUAAGAUAAAUUAUAAAGUUCUGCCUUUUCAUACUGAGCAUAUUUCAAAUAAUGCAUGUUUUAUACUCGUCCCUCAUCUCACUUGAAGUGAAUUAUGUAUAAGAAAAUUAUGCAGAGUCGACAUGAAUCAUUUCACAGUGAAAUGCUUUAUGGAUUGAAGGAUAUGGUAACUAUCUUUUACUUUGAAAGUAAACUAUGCUGUCUUGGUUUUGAGGAUGGUGGGUACAAGACUGUUAACUUUAGGGCUACUACGUCCUGAUUCCUGAUCAUCAGAAACCUCACCAGAAACAACUUGCUUUCAAUAUGCCCAAUUCUGUAUGAGAAGAAUUCAUGCAGAGAAAUUUUUGGUGUUGUGUGCUUGAAAAUAAAAUAUAUGCUGUUUUUAAUGUGU